UGGGUGAGGAGCAACAGCUGAUCAUCUGUAGGACACAUGGCUCCUAGCAACAGCUGCCUUGUCCACAGGAAGGAGGAGAGGUUGCCAGCAAAAGAUAAAAACAAGCUAAGGAAGCCGGUGGUGGAGAAAAUGCGCCGGGACCGCAUCAACAGCAGCAUUGAGCAGCUCAAGGUCUUACUGGAGAGGGAGUUCCAGCGCCACCAGCCAAACUCCAAGCUGGAAAAGGCAGAUAUUUUAGAAGUGGCUGUCAGUUAUCUGAAGCAGCAGCGCCAGAUGGAGGGCUACGCUUUUGGCCUCAAGAAUCCAGAACUGGACUUCAACACCGGCUACCUGCGUUGUCUAAGAGAGGCACUCUACUUCCUCUCCUUGUGCGGACCCGAGAGAGAAACCCAAACGCAGCUGAUCAAACAUUUCUGCAAAGUCCACGCGCUUGCAGAUGCCACGCGCCCGACGGCCACGGCCCAGGGACCCCCGCCCGCAUCCCCUUGCCCCCGGUCGAAGAAACCGCUGGCCAACAAGACCCCGCCAGGUGUCUCCGCUACCCUCUGGAGACCGUGGUAGAGACACAGAAGGACUUUCCCGGACACUUCUCUGUUUGCAAAAAUUGGGAAUGCUCAGACCUAGAGGGAUCUUUGAUUUUCAACCGUCCCUCUUUAAAAAGUAGGAAAU